UGAACUCAGAUUUUCAUUGCACCAACUCUCCAAUGGGUAACAGAAUCGGUAAUCUCUGCCUCUGUUCCUCCGACGCCGGUGAUACCUCCGGCAGGUUGCAAAACACCUCUACCUUCUUGUCCAAGAAACCUGACAGAGCUUUCUGCAACUCCGUCUGCUAUGUCAGACCGGACCCACCACCUCGAAACUCCAACGACGGAGACAUAUUCUCUGAUGACUCCGUCGCUACAAUGAGUUUCAGUUCUGUCUCCAGCGCUACCGUUAGUGCAAACCCAUUGUCAACACCUUCCAUUAUCCUCGAUGACUCUAACACUGUUUUGGAUUCUUCUGCUUCGUUUGAAAGCUUUGGCUCUUUCGUUUCCACAACGGCUCCUUGGAGUCGUUAUGAUCGUGGGAUGGAUGGUGAUUACGUUGAGAAUGAUUCAGAGCAUGAGAAGAUGAAGCAGGCUAGUAAGAUCAGCUUGAAGAAUGCUCUGAGUAGAGUUUUUUCCAAUGCAGUAUUUGGAAAAGGCUCAAAUUUUAAGAAAAGUGAUAGUGGUAACGGCAAUGGUUAUGGAAGACUGAGUUGUGGUACUAGUUUGAGUGGUGAUGAUGCUGAUGGCGGCGGUGGUGGUGGUGGACGUGAUGAGUCGUUAAUGGUGUGUGAGAAUUUGGAUAUGGCUCGAGGAAAAUGUGGCGAGGAUCGUGUUCAUAUUAUGAUAUCUGAGGAUCAUGGAUGGGUUUAUGUAGGAAUUUAUGAUGGAUUUAAUGGUCCUGAUGCAACUGAUUAUCUUCUGAAGAACAUGUUUUCUGCUGUACAUGAUGAGCUUAAAGGGUUUCUGUGUAACCGAAACGGUGAUAAUGGACAAAGUUUUAGUCAUUCAUAUGUGUUGGAAGCACUUUCUGAGGUAAUGAAGAAAACUGAGGACGCGUUUCUGAAGAUAGUUGAUGAGAUGAUUACUAGUAGUCCCGUGUUAGCUAUGAUGGGUUCUUGUGUUUUGGUUAUGCUGAUGAAAGGCGAACAUGUUUACUUGAUGAAUGUUGGUGAUAGUCGCGCUGUUUUAGGGACUCGGACCGGAAAUCAUUUUCAGCUCACAGUGGAUCAUAACGCUCAAGCAAGAGAGGAGAUUCGGAGAAUCAGGCAGGAGCAUCCAGAUGACUCUUAUGUGGUAACUAAUGGGCGAGUGAAAGGUUACUUAAAUAUCACAAGGGCUUUUGGAGCAGGGUUUCUUAAGCAGCCUAAACAAAAUGAUGCAAUGUUAGAGAGUUUCAAAGUUGACUACAUAGGGGAAUCUCCAUAUAUCACAUGCUCCCCUUCACUAUAUCAUCACAGGCUCUGCCCAAAUGACAAAUUUCUCAUACUGUCUUCUGAUGGACUUUACCAAUACUUGACCAAUGAAGAAGCAGUUACCAAAGUAGAGCUAUUCACAUCAACUUUUCCAUAUGAAAAUCCUGCUCAACUUCUCAUUGAAGAGGCACUUAGCCGAGCAGCCAAAAAAUAUUGUAUGGAGUUCCAUGAGUUGCUUGAGAUAUCACAAGGAGAACGAAGAAGGUAUCAUGAUGACAUUUCUGUUGUCAUAAUAUCCUUGGAGGGAAAAAUAUGGCAUUCAUAGAUUUAAAUGUUUGAUACGUGACAUAAUAAAGUGUCACUAAUUAAAAGUUUAGGGAACUUUCCUUCUUGGUUUUGCUUUGCUUUCUCUAUUUGCUAUAUCCCAUUUUACCAUUCUUGUAAUAAUUAUCCAAAGAUUCCAAUAUUAGGCUUAUAUUGGACACACAAGAGCUACAAUUUGAUAGCUUUACUUAAUAUUUUGUUUUCUUCCUUUCAA